GAUUUACAUUAGACGUGUUUUUCUCUCCCCCCCGAGAUCUUUGUCUUUGGAUCUGAUCCCUUCCAUGACCACGGCGGUGGCGCUGUCUCUGCUCCCCACCUCGCUUUUCCGGCCGUCUUCUAAUUUCUACUUGAAAAAGUCGCAGAAUUUUGGUGGUAGAUAUGGAUUCAGGGUGUUGGCUGUGAUUGGAGAAGAAGGGAGUGGUGGGUUGAUGAAGAAUACUUGGGGAGCAAUAUUUGAUGUUGAACACCCUGGACCAAGGGUGCUACCAUCUAAUGGGAAGCACUUAGAUGUGAACCAAGCUUUGGAGGUGGCCAGAAUGGACAUCCAGUACUGUGACUGGAGGGCUCGUCAAGACCUGCUAACCAUCAUGCUCCUUCAUGAGAAGGUGGUAGAAGUUCUCAACCCUUUAGCACGUGAAUUUAAGUCAAUUGGAACCAUGAAGAAAGAGCUCGCUGAGUUGCAACAAGAACUAGCAGAGGCCCAUGGAAAGGUUCACUUAUCAGAAGCAAGGGUAGCAGCUGCACUGGACAAGCUGGCAUACAUGGAAGCACUGGUGAAUGACAAACUCCUACCAGAUAGAACCUCAAGUGAAUCCACUGCUGACAGAACAUCACUUACUCCAAGCACUUCAUCAACAUAUGCAGAUCCUGUGAAAACCAAGUCCUACCAAAGCAGUCUGAAUGUGUCUGGUCCCAUACAGCCAUAUCACCCCAACUUGAAAAAUUUUUGGUACCCAGUUGCUUUUUCUAAUGAUCUAAAAGAUGAUACAAUGAUUCCUAUAGAUUGUUUCGAAGAGCCAUGGGUAAUAUUUCGGGGCAAAGAUGGGAAGCCAGGUUGUGUGCGGAAUACAUGUGCUCAUAGAGCUUGCCCCCUUCACCUUGGAUCUGUGAAUGAGGGUCGUAUCCAAUGCCCUUAUCAUGGUUGGGAAUACUCAACUGAUGGAAAAUGUGAGAAAAUGCCAUCCACACACAUGCUAAAUGUGCGAAUCCAAUCUUUGCCAUGCUUCGAGCAUGAGGGGAUGGUCUGGAUCUGGCCCGGUGAUUCACCCCCUUUGGAAACGCUUCCUUCUUUGCAACCUCCUCCAGGAUUUACAAUUCAUGCAGAGAUUGUUAUGGAGCUCCCAGUGGAGCAUGGGCUUCUUCUGGACAAUCUUUUGGAUCUUGCUCAUGCUCCUUUUACUCACACAUCCACCUUUGCCAAGGGAUGGAGUGUUCCAAGCGUAGUGAAGUUCCUCACUCCUGCAUCAGGCCUUCAGGGAUACUGGGAUCCCUACCCGAUCGACAUGGAAUUCCGCCCCCCAUGCAUAGUCCUCUCUACUAUUGGAAUCUCGAAGCCUGGAAAAUUGAAGGGACAGAAUACUAGGCAGUGCUCCACACAUUUACACCAACUGCAUGUUUGCUUGCCCUCCUCUCGACAGAAAACAAGAUUAUUGUACAGAAUGUCUCUGGAUUUUGCCCCCUUGCUUAAGCAUAUGCCUUUCAUGCAUAUCCUUUGGAGAUAUUUUGCAGAGAAGGUCUUGAACGAGGACCUACGGCUAGUGGUGGGACAGCAAGACAGGAUGAUCAAUGGGGCAAACAUUUGGAACUUGCCAGUGUCAUACGACAAGCUUGGGGUAAGGUACAGGCUAUGGAGAACUGCACUUGAGAGGGGUGCUGAGCAUUUGCCGUUCACCAAGCAAGACAAGUAGCCCAUGGUCCGCAUGUAAUACAGCUACAUUUCAGCUCCUGUAUCAUCAGUAACUGGAUGGUGUUGAGGUGCGAUGCCCAGGAUAUCUCUACAGCUCUUAAUGAUCAUGAAAUUAUUGGCAACCACAAGCUGUUGGUUCAGAGCUGGGAAAAGAUGAAUAGGUUGUUCCUCGUAAUAAGUUGUAAACUAGCCAGGGUACCAAGGCAUGCAAAGUUGGCUGCCCUAUCCUUUUUUUUUUUUGGGCCCCCUAAUCCGUCCUUUUUUGGGCUUUCCUAUUUUUCCCUUCAUUCUUCAAUUUGGUCAGGCGGCUGUCAUGCGCUUGGAAACGGCACGGUUAUUUAAUGAUAUUAGUGAAGCUAAUGGGAAGUAGGCUUUUUGCACUUCAAGCAUCUCGAGGUGGUCCUUUUAAUAAUAGUCCACCCCCUUUGAUCUUUGAAAACAGUUCGAUGUUGGUUGUAGAACUACCAGCUACUAGUUAGCAGAAAUCCCUUUUUGUACCGGGGAUUGAACUGCCAUGCUGGUAAUGGGUCAUAUACUUACAAGGUAUCGGUUUGGUAAAUGGUGUUUAAUGAAAUCAAUCCUGAAGUUGCAGUGAUUCAAUAAGUGGAGCAUUUUUAUCA